AUGAGCUGUGCUGUGGAUAUUUAUGAUUCAGCUCCUCAUUUUCAAUGGAUUACCCGUGGGAACGGUGGAGGUGUUGGUACAACACCGGUCAGUGUUGGGAAAGCUCAACUGUUGGAUUCCAUGCGUUUUACAAUCCAAGAUCUUGUUCAACAGGAAAGUUGUAUUGGAUCAUCCAACUAUCCAGUUGAUAAACCAUCACGUCUAGUUCAAAUUGAAUGUCGUAAACCAGGAUGUCGUUGUGUAUUGAAAAAUGAACGUGCUCUAGCUAUGAAAAUUGUACCAGGUGUCACAUUGGUACAGGGAGAAUGGUUAUUACCAAACAAUGUUGCUGGCAAAUCGAAUUGGUCUCAAACAUCUCAACAUAUGACAAAUCCUCUCUCAAACAACAAAAGUAGUAGUUGUUGUAGUAGUCAAAAUGAUGUAAAUGGCAGUCAGUUUGGAUCUGCGUGCUCACAGUCAGUUGUUCUUACCUCAUGUUGUCCAUCUUGGUUUGAAUUAGUUCGUCGAAGUGUAAUUGGACCAACUGAUACUGGUUCACAAAUAUGUCCUGAAGUUCCAGUUUGGUCUAGUUGUAAAGCAGUAUGGAGAGCUAAACCAAAAUUUAUUCUACUACGUAAAGAAACUCAAUGUCUAUUCGCUACUAAUGCUCAAUCUCUUAUUAUGAGUUCAGCGGAUUUACUUAAAAAAGAUGAUCGUACCACUUUAACAUUGGAUGCAGAUAAUAUUGGGCUUCUACGCCCCGGAACUGUACUUCAAUUGAUUGAUUGUCGUCUGUGUCGUUUAAUUCAUAAAGAUGAUCAAACUACUGCUUCUUCCUCUUCCUAUCGAUUUUCUUCACGUUAUCGAUCGAAACCAGUUUCUAUGCUUCAGUGUUCAGUAGUCGGUGGAAAAGCGCUAGCUGCCUUAGCUGCUUCCAUUACAAAUUUAUCACCUCAGGAUGCUUUAAAUUGGUUCAGUACUGGUCCAAGGUUAGUCUAUUUAUCUUUAGCUUCAAAAUCAAUAAUGUGUAGUCCUGUAAAUAUUUCAAAUUGCUCAAGUGUCAAUACCGUCAAUACUGCUAAGCAUUCUAGUCAUACUGAUCAAAGUAUCACUGAUAAUCAUAAUUACAGUAAUAAUAAUGGUGUUCAUAGUAUAUUAUCAUUGUUAAGCACCUAUCAAUUGCCGAUAAUUACACGUCCUGUUGUUGGAUUACGUUCAAGUGAAUGGUUCUUUAUGGGCCGACUGACAAAUCAGGCUAUGAUAUCUAAUUCAGAUUCUGUAAAUAUGCAUUCACUACUACAAAUAUUCUCCUGUCAUCAUGGUGAUUUAAUAUUCUUAGAACCACUCUCUGAUUGUACUGGAUCAAUAUAUCAAAAUGAAUCAAACAUGUCAGGGAAAAGUCGUUUCUUUGUCGUGACUACAGAUAUGUUAAUGCAGCAUUAUUUUCUAGUCGCUGAUUCCCCUACAUGUGCACUGUAUAGUCGAGAACUUGAAACUCACGCUUUUCGUGUUUCACAUUUCUUAGCUGCAUGUCAUCCUGUCCAAGGAUUAACUUAUAUCCUGAAACAUUUGGAAGAUAUAAGUCAUUCAUCAAAUACUGGUCCUUCAUACACCCCGUUGACUAGAACACUUGGACCGAUUACAAAUCGAUUUGGUACAAUUGCUAUUCAAUCAGCUGUUACCAGUAUAGCAGCAAUUGCAUCGUUGGCAAUGCAUGAAGAACACAAUGAUAUUCCGAAUGAUCCAUAUCAUCAGUUGAAUGAAAUUCAGCCGAAAAUAUUAAAUUAUUUAUCAUUGAAUUCUACUACUACCACCGUUAUUGGUGCUUUAUCCUCUUCAUCUUCUCCACAAAUCGAUAAUAUUGAUUUUUAUCAUUCAACUAAUUGUUUAAAUACACAUUUAUAUAAUACACAUUCAAGUCUUUCUUCAUCAAUAUUUGCUAGUGAAACAGAUGAAAUGAAUGCAUUAUGUGAUGAAAUUGAAGAUAUUUACUUUUAUGUACGUAAUGGUCAUUUUCCUAUGCAUUCACAUUCCUUAUCCUCAUUACAUCAACGUCAUGAAGAGAAAAGUUUGAAUGCAUCAGCACCUAUCUCCCCCUAUUUAAAUAAAUUACAAUCAAUAAAUCAAUACAAUUCCAAUAAAAAAAUUAAUAAUAAUAAUAGUUAUAAUCCAGUGUUAAUUGAACAUGAAAUACGAAAUAAUAAUAGUAAUAAUAAUAACAAUAAUUGUCCAGUUAAGAUAACGAGUAAAGCACCAGUUUUAUUAAUUCGUCCGAAACCUUAUGAAAAUUGUUCAACCAGUGGAGAUGGGAUUAAACAGUUUACUUCAACGUCUAUACAACAACCACCACCGGCUCAAUCAUGGAAUCAAUUAAAUGUGAACUAUUCCACUGGACAUAAUAAUUCCUAUUAUCCGCAUUAUCAACAGUCUAAAGAAUUGAAUUUUACGCCUAAACCAUGGCAACCGAUAACCAAUGAUCAGUCGUCUCGUUGUCAUGUUAAAUCUAGACCGAUGGUGAAUAAUAAUGCUAAUAACAAGUCUAACGUAUUUCCGAAUACUUCGACCACUUCUGCUACUUCUACCAGUGCCAAAAUCAAUAAUAAUAAUAAUAGUGGCAAUUCUAUGGCAUUUAUUAAUUUAACCCCUUCAUCUGUUCAUCAGUGUAAUCAUUCGGUCAGUGUCACUUCUUCUACAUCUUUGACGUCAUCUUAUGAAUAUGGAGCUAGUCGUCCACCGCCACCUACGACGACAACAACGACAUCAAGGACAGCACAGCAUUUCAUACAAACUAUCCCUCCUAAACUCUACAUCAAUAAUAAUGAAAAUGGAGUCGCGAGUAUGCAUAAAAGUAACCACCUGAUUCAACAAUCUAUGUACUCCUCUAAUCUCCCCGCAGUAACACUGUCCACCUGUAAUGGAAAUCAAUUAACCAGACCAUUGUUUAUGACUACUUCAACAAGUAUGCUGGACAAACAAAACUGUGCACGCUAUACGAAUGAAAAUCCUAAUUACAGUGAGGAAUGUAUUUAUGAUGAACCCAAAGAGGUGAAUUAUUCAACGCAACCGUAUAAGAUCACUACUGUUACCGCUGCUAAUGAUUAUAGUCGAGGGAAUAAAAUGCCGGCGUUCACGACUACUAACGACAUAUCUUACUAUCCGCCUAUACCUAGACAGAGUAUAUCAUCACCAAGUCAGAAUAGGCGUCAUCUAAGCUUGUCUACAUCGCAUCUUUAUCCGUCGGUCAGUAUGAAUUCGACAACCAAUCAACCGGUGUAUGAAAGUGAUAUGUCGUUUUUGGAUGGUAAUAUCUGCUGUCCAACAAUAACAACAUCUCAUCUUAUCAUUGGUGGCCUCACUACUCCGAAUACCACUACAAUGACGAAAGACAUUAACCACAGGAGUACUACAGCCUUCCAUUCAAUUAAUAAUUUGUCAAAUGAUGAUGGAAUGACAACUUCUAUGAUCAAUCGUAUUAAGAUUAUUCCACGAAUGGGUGAUUCAUCAAACUACACUACUGCUUUACCCAAUAAUAAUACCAAUAAUAGCAGCCAUGAGACCCAUUAUUUCCCCACGAAUACUGCUGACUCAUCUAAUUGUAUGACCACCAGUUCUAACAGUCAACUACACCAAGAACAACCGCCACCACCUUCUAUGCCACUUUUAUAUAAUAUCCCAUCAGUAAGAACUCCUAGGACACCUAGUCGUACAUCACGUCUUUACCAAUCCACAAUCCUGCCUUCAUCAACUAGUAAUGAUCAGAAACAACAGGUAUCAUUUGUGCAUAGGCCUUAUCCGUUUAUCCGAUCAUCGAAUAAACAGAUCAACUCUGGUUGCUAUGAUCCCUCGGCGCUGUCAAACACUGCACUGUUACAGUCACCACGACACAAAUCUACUGAGCUGACAAAUUCAUCACCGGACACAGGUAUUGGUGUAGAGAGUAAUUAUGAUCAACAGAUCACAUCAGGUGGUGGUUGUGGCGGGGGUGGUGGAGGGGGGUGUUUUAUGCCUUUAAAUGCUUAUCAUCAUCAUAAUCAUCAUUCUUCGUCCUCUUCAACAAAUCUGAUGAUGCCUAAAAUUGUCUGGUCACCAAUAGUAGAAUCGAAUAGUCUUCAACAGCGCCAAGAUUCAGAGACUUGUGUGAAAACAAGUAUUAGCGGUAGCAGUAGUAAUUAUGAAAAUCAAUCAGGGAAACAAUCGAUUUCGUGUAAACUAACCAGGUUGUUUGUAAACAAUGCUUAUUUGAACAAUACUAUUGGGACUACAAAUACUUCUACUACCACCACGACCACAGCGAUUACUAAUCACAAUAAUAAAAGUGCUAGGAAUCAACCACUUUAUCGAUUUUAA